AUGGGAAUUUCUCCCUCAACAGUAUCUAAAAUCGUAAAGAAGUUUAAAGAAACAGGCAAAGUUAAUAAUUUGCCAAGAUCAGGUUAUCCUAAAAUUGUUUCUUCUGAUAAAGAAAAAUUAAUAUGUGAAAUGAUUAUCCCUGGGCAAUGUGAAACAGCAGUCAACAUGCAUGCAAAGUUUUGUCGUAAAACAAAUAAAGAGAUGUCAGUCGAAACAAUACGAAACAUUCUUCGAAGAAAUGGAUAUGUUCCUAGAGUUAGUCCUGCUCUUACUGAUCAACAUAAAAUAGAACGUCUAAAAUUUGCUACAAAAUAUAAAGACUGGACUCAUAUGGUAUGGGGUUGUAUGACCUCAGAAGAUGGCCAUAUUGAAUUAGUUGAAAGAACUUUAAAUUCGGCAGGAUAUAUUAAUAUUCUCAAGGAUUGUCUAUUAGAUGUGCUGGAAUCAUGUGAGUACGACGAGGAUGAAAUGAUUUUUCAGCAUGAUAAUGCUAGAAUACACACGUCAAUUGCAACAAAAGCGUGGCUUAAGGAUAAUAAUAUAACUGUUCUAGAAUAG